GAAAAAUAUUGGUUAAGUUUCCAAUUUGGUAUUCUAGUGACUCUACGGAUGAUAUUUUUGCAAAGAUUUGUUUAAAGGCAUAAAAAAUGUGCGGGUGUGUAAGAGUGCUCAGUAUUCGCAAGUCGCUACCCCGGUCUUGGCAUCGAAGGCUAUUUAGCUCAUCAUCAACACCGCCACCUCCUCAAGGUGUGCCCUACACAAAAUUAACCGUUGGCGUACCGAAGGAAAUAUGGCAAGACGAGAGAAGGGUUGCUGUAGUACCAGCAGUAGUUAGUAAACUAGUAAAAAAAGGUUUUAGUGUAAACGUAGAGGAAAAUGCGGGAGUUUUAGCAAAUUUUCCUAACAAGGCGUAUGAAGAAGCUGGUGCCAAAAUAACUAGUUUAAAGGAUACAUAUCAAUCAAAUAUAAUCCUCAAGGUCCGUCCAUUUAUCGAGAAUGAAGUACCAAAUGUCAAUGAUGGAAGUUCGGUUAUUUCUUUCUUGUAUCCAGCACAAAAUCAGGAAUUGAUCAAAAAGUUAGCAGCGAAAAAAGUAAAUGCAUUUGCUAUGGACUGCAUACCACGGAUCAGCCGCGCGCAAGCGUUUGAUGCGCUAAGCUCUAUGGCCAACGUUGCCGGAUAUCGCGCUGUCAUCGAAGCCGCCGCCCACUUCCCACGAUUUUUCUCAGGUCAGAUGACAGCGGCGGGACGCGUGCCGCCGUGCCGCGUGCUGGUGGUAGGCGGCGGUGUGGCGGGGCUAGCGGCGGCGGCGCAGGCGCGUUGCAUGGGAGCCGCCGUCCGCGCCUUCGAUACGCGCCCAGCCGUACGCGAACAGAUCGAAAGUCUCGGUGCACAAUUUAUCACAAUGGAAAUGACGGAAGAAGGCGCUGGAGAGGGAGGGUACGCAAAAGAAAUGAGCGAUGCAUUUCUUCAAGCAGAACGAGCUCUACUAGGAAAAGAAGCAAGAACAUCUGAUGUGGUCAUUAGCACGGCUCUUAUACCCGGCAAACCUGCGCCGUUACUUAUUCUCGAGGAUGCUGUUCGGGACAUGGCGCCAGGCAGUGUGAUUGUAGACCUGGCUGCUGAGAUGGGCGGCAACGUUGAGACCACCAAGAAAGGGGAAAUCACAAAAGUCCAUGGUGUCACACACAUUGGUCUCACAGAUCUGCCCAGCCGGAUGCCAGCUCAUGCCUCUACACUCUAUGCUAACAAUAUCUCUGGCUUCCUUUUUAGUGUAGGUAACAAUGACCAUUUCUACAUUGAUUUGGAGGAUGAAGUUACCCGAGGAGCUAUAGUAUUAAAAGCGGGAGAACUGCUGUGGCCAGCGCCCCCGCCGCGUAGCAUGGCGACCCCCACCACUACCACCAAACCAACUGCAGCAGCCAAAGUAGAGCCCCCCAACCCCUUCAAUGAAACUCUGAAAGACACAUUCCUUUAUUCCACAGGCCUAGCCAGCUUGAUUGGUCUUGGCAUAGCAUCACCAAAUCCGGCAUUCACUACAAUGACAACCACACUAGCACUGUCAGGUGUGGUGGGUUAUCACACGGUGUGGGGUGUGGUGCCGGCGCUGCACUCGCCGCUCAUGUCCGUCACCAACGCGGUGUCCGGCAUCACCGCGGUGGGCGGCUUGCUGCUGAUGGGCGGCGGCUACGUGCCCGAGACUCCAGUCCAGUGGCUGGCCAGCACGGCAGCACUCAUCUCCUUCAUCAAUGUAUUUGGAGGAUUCCUUGUAACUCAGCGUAUGCUUGACAUGUUCAAAAGACCCGGAGAUCCACCAGAAUAUGGAUAUUUGUAUGGAAUUCCAGCUGCGGCAUUACUCGGAGGAUAUAUUACCACUGCGAUGCAGGGUUACCCAGAAGUGCACCAGAUGGCGUACUUGGCGUCUUCGCUAUGCUGCGUAGGUGCACUCGCAGGUCUCAGCUCGCAGACCACUGCUAGGAAAGGAAACUAUCUUGGAAUGAUCGGUGUAGCGGGUGGUAUCGCUGCCACACUAGGCGCAAUGACACCCAACGCGGAGGUGCUCGCGCAGAUGAUAGGUGUCGCUGGUAUCGGCGGCCUGCUCGGCAGCGUCAUCGCUAAAAAGAUAGAGAUUACAGACCUGCCACAACUCGUGGCUGGUUUCCACAGUUUGGUGGGCAUGGCGGCGGUACUGACAUGCGUGGCCACGUACAUGCACGACUUCCCCGCCAUGGCGCUCGACCCCACGGCCGCCACGCUCAAGACAUCGCUCUUCCUCGGCACUUACAUUGGAGGCAUCACUUUCACUGGGUCCCUAGUGGCUUACGGCAAGCUGCAAGGGUCGCUGUCGUCAGCGCCGCUGCUGCUGCCGGGCCGGCACGCCAUCAACGCGGGCUUGCUGGCGGGCUCGCUGGGCUGCGGCGGCGCACUCAUCGCGAUGCCCGACGCACCCGGUCUACCGCUGCUCUCCGCCGCAGCCGUGCUCAGCGGCAUACAGGGACUCACACUCACUGCUGCUAUCGGAGGUGCGGACAUGCCGGUGGUGAUCACGGUGCUGAACAGCUACUCCGGGUGGGCGCUGUGCGCGGAAGGCUUCAUGCUCAAUAACUCGCUCAUGACCAUCGUGGGCGCACUCAUCGGCAGUUCCGGCGCCAUACUCUCCUACAUCAUGUGCAAGGCAAUGAAUCGUUCUCUGCCGAACGUAAUCCUGGGCGGGUAUGGCGUAACGACGGGCGGGUCCGCGCGCCCCGCCGGCGCCACGCACACCGAGCUCAACGUAGACUCCGUCGCCGAUCUCAUAAACCGCGCCUCAUCCAUUAUCAUCACACCUGGUUAUGGUUUGUGCGUCGCUAAAGCACAAUACCCUAUUGCUGAGCUUGUCGACAUGCUGAAGGCAGCCGGUAAAAAAGUGCGCUUCGCCAUACAUCCAGUUGCAGGCCGUAUGCCCGGACAACUGAACGUGUUGCUUGCGGAAGCGGGCGUGCCUUACGACGAUGUCUUCGAAAUGGAAGAAAUCAACGAUGAAUUCCCUGACACAGACCUUGUUCUUGUUAUCGGUGCUAACGAUACAGUAAAUAGCGCUGCUGAAGAUGACCCUGAAUCACCAAUCGCGGGUAUGCCUGUGCUCAAAGUAUGGAAAGCAAACCAGGUUGUGGUUAUGAAGAGAUCGAUGGGAGUCGGUUACGCCGCCGUCGACAAUCCAAUAUUCUACAACCCCAACACCGCCAUGUUGCUGGGCGACGCCAAGAAGACAUGUGAUGCAUUACUAGAACGCGUCAAACAUCUAGCACAAUAAAUUACACAGAAACUAUAAAGAAAUCUAGGUUUUCUAUUUUUUAUUCUAGUUUUUUUUUUCGUCUAUACAAUGGUAAAUUAGUUAUGAGAAUAGAUGGGGAACAUAAUAUAAAUAUAUUUUUAU